AUGCCUUGCUGCAAGUCACAGCACUACAACAUUACCCAACCGAUAAGGCCGCUGAGCGCAGUUUCUCAUCCGAAAGUCCAGAGUGUGAUGCCAAGCGGGUUUGGCCGGAUGUCGGUGUUUCAUGAUCGCGGGCGUCAAGGUUGCCUGGGGAUAGAGCCAGGAGACGAAGGCGACCAUAACGGAACAGCAAACGAGCCUUUAAGCCUGAGGCAGACAUUGGUGGACAUGAGCCGGUGGGGAAAUGGCGAGCCCUGCCAGAUUCAUUCCCACGUUCCUAAAGCCGGAGCUGUUGCGCUAGUUACUCCUCACUUCGGAUCACCACCGACGCCGAAAAGAUGGGUCUUGACUGAAGGCCGAUCCUCCGCUACGGGGUUGCAUCAGCUCGUACAGAUCCAGCUCCACCUUCUUGCCAUUUUCAAAACGCAAAGCCGAAAAGGACAUGGGGAACCAUACACGCUCGAAGCAUCCGGCUAUCAGCUGGAUUCGCAGGCGACCUGGUCUUCCAACUCUAACCAACUGGGAUGUAGCAAAUCAGGCAAACUAGCCGCAAGUAAGGCUACCAUCGCCUGCCAGUUCCAGAGCAUAUUGAUCGUUCAGCCACCGUUAGAAGAGACACCUCUGGCUAGGGAGAAUACGUUGCCGUUGAUGAAGCUGGACGAGACCGGAUCUUGGAAGCAUAAUGCAUUGGGAGAGCGGGCGGCCCACGAAUUCUGCUCAUUGAGCGAAGUUACACGCCGGGGCCUAGGCGGGAAGGAGUCCGGAGCGCCCUCGUCCCUAUUCAACACCUGUCUAUCGGCUGAGCAGCCGCUUACCGAUCAGACAGGGCCUAUGGAUGGUUUCUUCAGGGUAUUGGAAGCCGUUGAUGAAGCUGAGGGCCGCCAGUAUGACAUGAUUGUCGUUGUCACCAUGGUGCUUUCUGACUGGAUUGAGGCUCAUCUGAUGUUCUGGGAUAGCUUCUGCGGUGCCGCGCGUGCUAUUGACCUUGGACAGGUUUUGGCUUGGGCAGUCAAGCGGAUUAUAGUGCUGAUGGGUUGGAGGUUGGUGCGUGGCACAUGAGUGAACGAUCAUCAUGGCAGCUUGAGUGGAAAAAUUAAGGACUUUCCUAAGGGUUGAAGAUUAUUGUUGGAC